AUGAAGGUAUGGGGAGAGUUGGAAGUCCUUGAUGCUGAGCAUCUCCAAGGGAACUGUGCAAAGCAUUAUCCUCUCAUGGAGGAAAAGAGAGAAAUUUCUAUUGGCAGAUCAUCAGAUUGCGACAUCGUCGUCGACAAUCGGCUGGUGUCGUCGAAGCACUGCACCGUGAAGAAGAUCGGGGAGUCGGUGCACGUCCACGACCACAGCACCAAUGGGACGGUGGUGAACGGGCGCUACCUCGUCAAGAGCGGGGGAUGCCACCUCUUGAAGCACGGUGACGUCAUUCACGUGGUUCAUCACCGCCCAGGGAAAGGAGGAGCGAAAUCCCACGAAGUCGUUCCCGGCCCGCGGACGAGAUUCCGCAAACUAAUCGUGCCGGUAGGCCGCAGUUGGGAGAUGAGGCCCGUCGGCGCGUGGCACGAGGCGGUCCGUGCGGGAUGUGCGUCGUGUCGGGAGCGACUUGCGGAUGUUCGAUUCCAGAUAGGAUUGGUGGGAUUCCCCCGGGUAGAGUCCCCGACCCCAACUCCCCUCGGUGAAGGAGAAGGCAAGGAAUCUUUGCCAGUUGUGAUCGAUCUGACAGACACUCCUUUGAAGAUGGAACCUGCUGCUUCUUUGGCUGCAUCUUUGCCUGCAAACGGUGAAACGGCCGAAGGAGCGUCUUCCUCUGCCACGUCUCAGGCGCAGCAGAAAAAACGGACUAGUCGACCGUCGAGAGGCACGAAGCGAGUCGGUUCCGUGUCGUCUCCGAGCCCAGGGGUGAAGAAACCUCGCAAGAGGGUGGCUCGAAGGAAACUAACCGAAGAUGUGACCAACGGGAAGGAGUCGGGCUCGAGCUCUGGGAACGGCAUCCAAGAGAAGGAAGGAGGAGGGGGGACUUCGGUGGACGACGACCUGGCAGCCGGUCCGAGCACGAGCGGUGCUGCGAGUACGAGCAGCUUCACGGGGGAUCUCCUGGCCAAUCUGACUUGCUCCAUCUGCACGGAGGUCAUGCAUCAGUGUGUCGCCGUCCAGCCGUGCAUGCAUUCCUUCUGUGGGGGCUGCUACUCCAAGUGGAUGGCAAAGAGCAACCAGUGUCCACAGUGCAGAGCCAAAGUGAAUGCUGUUGCUAGGAAUCACAUGAUGCAGAAUUUGGUGGAUCUGUUCCUGAAGGAGAACCCUGGAUUUAAGCGGGCAAAGGAAGACAUAGAAGAUUUGGAGAAAUCCAAUAAGAUCAACCAACAAGUGAAUAGUAAAGUGCCAUUGAAUUGGCCGAUUCUUCACCAGGUCAAGGUGAAAAAGAAUGGACGAGGAAAGAAGCGAGGAGGGAUACUCGAAGAAGUGGUUGGUGAAGAGGAAGUCAGCGAUGUGGAUUCCAGCGAUGGUUCCUCUGCCAGGCACAUCAUUGGCACCUUCUUCGCCUCUCUUGAGCGCCGCAUGAGCUUCUUGACUGGCCUCUUCCGUCAACUGUGGGCACCUACCAGUGUGCUCCAAAUCAGGUUCAUCUUAUGUGCAACUGUUGCUUGCGAGAGAUGCCAAAUCGUUUCCGGGAUCGCCAAGUUGACCCAUCCAUCCCUCAGCAGAAAUGUAGGUUCAAAGUGUGGGAAUUUCUUUUGUCACCUAUAUCUGAACCCCUGCACAAAACAAGAAUGCAACGGAUGCCUCAACAAGCUGCGGGACAUGAAUUUUGGGGACAAGGUGUAUGAUCGCUGGCUCCUUGACAAUACCUAUGAGUCUCAAGUCUUGAAGGAAUAUUUGCAGAGCAAGAAUAUGUCAUGGCACAAUGUCCUUCAGAUAUGCUGUGAUCUCUUGGAAGAAGGAAGCAUUACACUGCCUGAACUAGCUGGCAUUCUUCCAGAUAGUAUUCUCUGCUACAGGUGUGCCUUGCAAGCAUUUCAAAGCAUGGUUUACCAGUACCGAGUCAGGCUGACACGUGAGGAUCUUCCAGCCGAAGUGACGUCUCGGCAGAACUGCUACUGGGGCCGCAAUUGUCGCACUCAAUUGCAUCAACCUCAUCAUGCAAGUGCACAAAAGCUGAAGGAGGUGUGGAUAGAAAAAUCCCUUAAUGUUGAUAAGAAACGGCAGCAAGUCAGACUGCCUGGGGCGAUGCCUGUGCAAUUUGAUCUGCAAAUUCCUCUCAACAAGCUCCUCGUUAGGCAACUCUCUCCCUCCAACUGUUGA